GUGUCCCCUGCAUUGGCAGGCAGAUUCUCAACCACUGUGCCACCAGGGAAGCCCGAGACUGCUGCUUUUUGAGAGGAAGAUGUUCACUUUCCAUUCCUCUAAACCUGUUAAAUUCUAUCCUUCAUAUGUUAAGUCACCAAAAAAGGAAUUUACCUAGACUGUAUUAAGCUUAAGCUGAAUUAUAAGCUAUCAGGUCCAUGGUUUUGGUUUUUGGUUUUUUUUGCGGUACGCGGGCCUCUCACUGUUGUGGCCUCUCCCGUUGCCGAGCACAGGUUCUGGACGCGCAGGCCCAGCGGCCAUGACUCACGGGCCCAGCCGCUCCGCAGCAUGUGGGAUCCUCCCGGACCGGGGCACGAACCCGCGUCCCCUGCAUCGGCAGGCAGACUCUCAACCACUACGCCACCAGGAAAGCCCAGGUCCAUGGUUUUUUAAGAGAAAUUCCAUUUUAAGAACAUUUGUGAAUUUCAUAGUCUCUGGAUACAGAUUGUUUCAUUGAAUGAUGAGGACCACAUAUACUAAGGUUUCCACUUUUGCUUUAGCUGCCAGGAAUUUCAGGGAUAAAUAGAGGCAUAGUUUCCUAAUUCCCUGGUUCAUCUCUCUCUCUUCCUUUAUUCUGGCUUCUAAUCUUUCUCUUCCAUGUUUUCAUUUUCUAUAUCUAUACUGUCCAGUAUGGUAGCCUCUAGUCACAAGCGGCUAUUAAGCACUUGACAGGUAGCUUGUCCCAGUUGGGAUGUGCUGUAAGUGUAAAGUAUCUCAAAUUUUAAUAUCAAUUAUAUGUUGAAUGAUAUUUUGGAUAUAUUGGGUUAAAUAAAAUAUAUUAAACGUAACCUCACCUGUUUCUUUUGACUUCUACUAGAAAAUUUUAAAUUACAUAUGUGGAAAAAAUAUAUACGCGUGGCUUGCAUUUGUGAUGUUCAUUAUAUUUCUGUUGGACAGCUCUGUUCCACAAAUCAUCCUGUUUUAUGAGUGUGUUAUUACCGUAAAAUACCUCAAAUCCUUUUGGAAAGCAAGUAAAGUAGUAAAUGCAAAGGAGGUGACAGAAGUGGAUGAAGUGAGAAGGGGAGGUUGACUGGGACAUGUAUUUGUCAGUCUAUCUGUCUUUUGUUUGUGUCACAUACAAAACCCCUCCUAAAGUGUGUCAGCUCUCCUCUUCACAGGUGAGUGGUGUUCUCAUGGCUCUGCCCAGUCCAAAGAUUCUCAGCUUUAUUUGAGCUAACAAAUUGGAAAGGAUCUGAUAAGACAAUUCACACCACAUUGUAAAUGACUGAUAACACUGUGUUUACCCCUCUCAGGGGGUAUUUCCAUUUUAACAGGGAACAAUCCCUGAACCCAAAGGAAUGAAUCCCUAAUGGUGGAGUUUCAGGCAUCAGUGACAGGCUGAACCCGGAUUCCCAGGGCCCAUGCUUACACAUGACAAAUGAUGACCUGAGCUAUGAACAAACAGGACUAUAUGAACACUUCGGUGCAAGAGCCCCCUCUUGACUACUCCUUCCGAAGCAUCCAUGUGACCCAAGAUCUGUUAAGCGAGGAGCCACGGACAGGGCUACGACCACUAAGGCACGCAAAGUCAGGGAAGUCAAUGUCUCAGUCCCUGUGGCUGAACAACAACGUCCUCAAUGACCUAAGAGACUUCAACCACGUGGUUUCACAGCUUCUGGAGCAUCCGGAGAACCUGGCCUGGAUUGACCUGUCCUUCAACGACCUGACUUCCAUUGAUCCUGUGAGUCCAGAGGGUGGACCUGAAGCCACCUUGUCCAGCCCCCAGCCUCUCCACCUCCCACAUAUUAUCAAGGAAGUAGUGAGGCAGCAUGGUGCCCUGCAGAGCACAUGGCUGUGGGCUCAGACAGAUAUAGGUUCAAAUACUAGAUUUGCCUCUGACUUUGUGACCUUGGGCAAGCUCCUAACCUUUCAAAACCUCAGCCUUGCUGUCUGAAAAAUGGGGGUAAUAUGCCAGCAUUAUAAACAUUUUGUGAGGAUUAAAUGAGAACAUAUGAAAAGCAACCGGCACACAGCAAGCCUUCACAUAGGAGGCUGAAGUAAAAUUGUAGCUUAUUAUUGGGCACCCACUGUGCUUCGUGCCAAGUUCUUUUGCAGAGGUAGGUACUAAAAGUACAGCAGUUACUUUCCAUGAACUCAGGCUAAAUUUUAAGAAACAAACAAAACUGGCCCCUUUUCAUCCAGGAUCUGUGUUAGAGGGGAAAGGAGUUAGAGUAUGACUUGGAAACUGUUCCCCAGGUGCACUGAUAUCAAUUUAACUACCAUAUAUAUUUUUUUAUUUUUAUUUUUUUUUUGCGGUACGCAGGCCUCUCACUGUUGUGGCCUCUCCCGUUGCGGAGCACAGGCUCCGGACGCACAGGCUCAGUGGCCAUGGCUCAUGGGCCCAGCCGCUCCGCGGCAUGUGGGAUCUUCCCGGACCGGGGCACGAACCCAUGUCCCCUGCAUCAGCAGGCGGACUCUCAACCACUGUGCCACCAGGGAAGCCCCUAACUACUAUUUUAAAAGCUCUUAUGUACCUAGCAUGAUGCUGUCCCCU